AUCCAGCUCACCUCGCCACCACACCGCCGCAACACACACACACACAGAGAAGCCAAGAUGUCCGGCCGCGGCAAGGGAGGGAAGGGCCUCGGCAAGGGCGGCGCCAAGCGCCACCGGAAGGUGCUCCGCGACAACAUCCAGGGCAUCACCAAGCCGGCCAUCCGUCGUCUGGCUCGCAGGGGCGGCGUGAAGCGCAUCUCGGGGCUCAUCUACGAGGAGACCCGGGGCGUGCUCAAGAUCUUCCUGGAGAACGUCAUCCGCGACGCCGUCACCUACACCGAGCACGCCCGCCGCAAGACCGUCACCGCCAUGGACGUCGUCUACGCGCUCAAGCGACAGGGCCGCACCCUCUACGGAUUCGGCGGCUGACCUGCGCCCGCUGCUCCAAUCUCCAUGUUCUCGUGCUAUGGUUUCGUUUCUGAAUUCAGAGUGCGUGCGUUGUUGGUCCAUCGGUCUGUGUAGUUAGUGGAUGGCGAUGGAUCUGAAUGCAGUCAGUUCGUCAGAGUGCGUGCGUUGCUCUACCGGUCUCUGUAGUCAGUUCCACAGUGGAAGGCGAUGAAUAUGAACGCAAUGGGAUUGAUUGAUGGUUCUUUCUA